CGCGACCAUCCGAGAAAGGAGAUGGUGAAAGCAACUGGAUCGACCGACCACUCCACAGUCGGCGGUUAGCCGUCCUCACGGUUAGACUAGACGCGGCAAAAUGACCUCCUUUCCGAUUCCUCUGUCGAGGACUGGUGCUCUCAACACAAUGGUUUUGGUGUUCGUUGGACUGAUCGCCCUAGUUAGUGGACAUGGCAGACUUAUUGAACCACCUUCAAGAGCUUCAAUGUGGAGGUACGGUUUUGACACACCUCCGAAUUAUAAUGAUCACGAACUUUUCUGUGGAGGAUUCUCACGCAUGUGGUCCAAAAAUGGAGGAAAAUGUGGUGUGUGUGGAGAUCCGUGGGAUUUACCACAGCCAAGACCACACGAAGCUGGAGGUAAAUAUGGAUCAGGCAUGAUCACCAGGAAAUACAAAGUUUCAUCGCAGUUCAUUAUCAGAAUUGAACUGACAGCCAACCAUCGUGGCUACUUCGAGUUCAGAUUAUGCCCAAAUAAUAAUCCCAAGCUAAUGGUUAGUCAACAGUGCUUGGAUAAAUAUGUUCUAAGGCGAGUCGAAUCCAAUAAAUCUACAUCAUCAGAGGAAAGACAAACUCAUGUUUCAAGAUUCUAUCCAGGGAGCGAGAACAAGAUCCAUGAGAUGAGAUACAUGCUACCUGAGGGUCUGACUUGUUCACAAUGUGUGCUGCAGUGGCGCUACGUGGCUGGCAACAAUUGGGGAAGAUGUCCAAAUGGCACUGAGAUGGUAGGCUGUGGUCCUCAAGAGGAAUUCCGCGCCUGCGCUGAUGUAUCCAUCGAGGAUGGCACAGGAUCCUCAGAUGACACACCGUUCGAGGAGAAUGUCAUACCUGAGGAUGACUAUGUGCCUGGGGUAUCUGAUAUGAACAAGGUCUACCAACAGAGCAACCAGGAUUGGUGGUUGUUUUCGAUCACUAUCGCAGUAUCCAGUCUUGCCCUGGCACUUACCGUGUACGCUUUACUUUAUCUAUACUAUUAUCAUGCAGGAAACAACGUGAAAGAAUGGCUUUCAGGCGAUCGAUACAAGUUCUGGAACAAGUCUUCACCGGCCACCUCUCCUAUCCCCCCUCCCAGAGCUAAACGCAUCACAGCUACCAUUGGCUUCCAGGGUGUACCAGAGAACCUAGUUUGAGUGAAAACUUCCAGUUUGCACCAACUCAAUAUAGCAAAAACUCUUAAUUAGUAUUAUCUUAUUUCGACUGGCUACAUUCUCUUUAGUUGAAUUGAACUGAUUUUAUAGCUUUUAGAACUAUGGGCUGUGAAAUACACUUGUAAAAAAUCAAUAGAAUAAAAUUAUUUCGGGUGUACAA